AUGUCCUAUUCUCUCUCAGUAACUAAUCUCAAGCCCAUUUUCCCUACCAUCUCUCUUGACCAACCGGGGAAAAGAUGCAUGGAUGCCACCUGGCAGUCGAUUGUCCCAUCAGUCGCGCCAGAACCAAAUAUCACGGUCCACAAUACGCGUCUGAACAACCGUUACUUCAAGAGCGGAAACUUUCUUACCUACAAUAAUAUUUAUCAUCCGGACGUCUUAUCGGUAUUCCUUCGCGCAAAGAAUGUUAUACAGGACCGGAUCCAAGAUUUACUCGACACUAGAAGCGAUAGCAUCGAGAUUGCUAUUGCUAUUAGAUGCAUUUCAUCAAGCAGCCCCAAAGUAUCUUAUUAUAUAGUCGACCAUACGCAUAAAACAGUCAGAUGGCUCGACAAUAGUACUCCCAAAUGCUACCAUGUGAACGUUGAUAUACAAAUGAGAGAUUCCGCAGAAUACUGGCACCAUCGUAGUAAGUUCUCAGUACAUCGACAUUGUCUUCAGGAAGACCGUGCCGAAGUAGCUGCGCUACUGAACGCAAUGCUGGGCGCAAGUCAAAAUGACCCUGAUCUGGAUCAGGAAGAAAUUGAGCAAUACAUACGUAGGCUGGAAAACAUUCCACUAUUAUCACCGUUUACAGAUGAUCAAACAAGUACUCUUGCCAUCAUUCAUAGCGAAGCGCUACAACAUUCUUUACCCGCAUUUUAUCUACCUUCUCCAUCAAUUAAAAACAAACUUUGCCAGUCCUUAUUCGGCCGGUCUGUUACAAGGUUUAUACAUAACCAUGCGCAUGCGAAUCCUCACACCUCCAUGCCCCGGGUUGUGCAGAGCUAUUCGCACCGUUGGUCCCAGCCAAACGCGAAUACAUCUCACUCGAAUAGGCAUACCGGUACCACGCCCCCAAGGGUUCACCUUCAUUAA